UUCCGCGAUGCCCUGAAUAACAGCUGUUUUUAUUUGGGUUUUGUAUGUUUAAUUAUUUGUUCUUGUGUUAUUUGUAUAUGAAAUUCUUGUGAUUAAAUGUUUUGACUGUUUUCAAGGGGUAAAAAAUGAAUCCUAUUCGAGGUAGUUUAGCCAGUAUACCCGGAGCAUUGACUACGUUCAUCAGCGAAAGUGCUUCCAGUUUGUUGCAGCAGAAUAGUGUUAAUAAUAGUGCCACUGGUGUUCAUGACGACGAUGUUAGCUCUACUGCGUCGCAAAGUGAUAGAUCCUAUCCAAUACCAGCAUCUUUAGUAAAAGAACAAUGGCGUUUAAUCUUUACUUCUGACGCCAACGCACAAGAUUUGGAAGCAGCUAUUGCCCAUUGUCGGGAUUUGGUCAUGCUUUCCGAUGAAUGCAGUGAAGAAAGACGUUGGCUGGUCCGCCAUUUAGUUGAUUUGCGCUAUUCACUGAAAGAGUUAGAGUCGGCACAAGCGGAUCCUUUAGAAUUGGCACCUCAUGUGAAAACAGUUGUGGGUCAUCACUUUAAUGUACAACGUGGUGGACACAUUGGUACCCGUCAAUAUUGUGACCAUUGCAGUGGUAUCAUAUGGCGUAUGAUACAAGCUUGUUAUAUCUGUAGCGAUUGCAAUUUUCUGGCCCAUCAAAAGUGUGUGGACAGUGUGGUGCGUAUAUGUGCACAUGUCGUAGCAUCGGAACGCCGGUAUCCCAUCGAUGAAAUCUGUCCAGAAAUCGGUUUGGCAGCGCAGCGAUACAAGUGUGCUGAGUGUGGAAUUCUGCUAAAUUUCACACUACCCAAGUCGGUUAGCUGUUUUGGCUCAAAUAAAAAACAGGAAAAUUCCUGGAUUGAACCGCGUUUGUGCGACUAUAGUGGCCUAUACUAUUGCCCAAAUUGCCAUUGGAACGAUAGUAGCAUUAUUCCUGCUCGAGUAGUUCAUAAUUGGGAUUUUAUGCAACACAAAGUAUCUCGUGCCUCGCUGCAAGAAAUUUCUCUAUUCCACUAUAAACCGGUUAUUAAGCUAGAGGAAGCUAAUCCAAAGCUGUUUGUAUUCUUGGAAAAGAUGGGUACCGUGAAAAAGUUGCGACAAAAUUUAUUCUAUAUGAGGAAAUAUUUAUUAAAAUGUCGUACAGCAGCUGAGGAAAAACUUAUAGAUAAGCAAAUAAUCGCUCACCUUACCAACGAUACUGCAGGUGGGAACGAUUCGCGACGUCACCUCAUUCAAUCCACCGAAUUCUUUUCAAUAAGUGACUUGGAGCUUAUUGAAAAAGGCAUUCUAAUCGAUUGUAUACAAAAAUUGUUUAACGCAUUCGAUCGGCAUAUACGGAAUUGUCAGAUAUGUCGAGCCAAAGCAUAUAUUUGCGAAAUAUGCGGGAAUAAUGAAGUAAUAUUUCCUUUCGAUGAUGGCUGCAUUAUGUGUGAUAAAUGUAAUUCAAUUUACCAUCGUGUCUGCAUGACCCGGAAAAAUAUGGUUUGUCCGAAAUGCGUGAGAAUGCAAGAAAGAAAAAUUCAGUUGGAGAGUAAAAACGGUGAUGAUACAAGUGAUGCUGACGAAACAGAAUAGUUUAUUAUGUCUAUUAAUCAAGAAUUUAAAAAGAUGCUGAUACAUACAUACAUACAUAAAUAUAUUUUUCUACAUUUAACUGUUUUUGUAUAUACUAUGUGAAUUACAUAUAUCAAGUGUAUACCGUCUAUGUUUUUGCAAAACCGCCCACCGCAAAACCACCUAUCUUACGGCACUCAAAUUUUACAGGAGAGCGAAAAAAUGGUUUUUCUUUGAAGGCAUUGCCUUGAGAGGCGGUAUUUUCUCUAGCUAUUAUUUUACAAAUCUGUUGUUUUAAUAACGAUUUAACGAUUU